AUGGGAUUUUGGAGCAAACUCAAGAGGGAACUUGAGGGUCCAGAAAUUACUGAGACAAGAAAGAUCGUGAAUGAAGAUUUGUCUCCUCUGUUGUCUGAUCAUAAUUCAAAGAGCAGUCUCAAUAAGGAUCGUACCUAUGUGAUCGAGGAGGGACCGUUAGACAUCGAUGAGCCCUACAUCGAUCUUGAUCUCAAGCUCAGCCCGGAGGAAGUGCAAUAUAGAGAAACGUCUACAAGCUUCAAAGUAAAGCAGUUUUUCUGGGAUGGAACUAACAAGCAUCCAAAAGAGCAGAAGUAUCUCUGUAAAUUGGACUUCUUUCUUCUUAGUUCAUCGAUGUUAGGAUAUUUCAUAAAGAACUUAAAUCAGUCGAAUAUCACCACCGCCUAUGUUAAUGGUAUGGAUGAGUACUAUCAGAUGAACCAAAAUCAAUACAACUAUCUCAUCACCCUCUGGACAAUUGGGUAUAUCAUUGGCCAAAUACCUUCGAAUUUGAUCUUGCAUAGGAUUUCGGCACGUUAUUACCUAGGUGGGCUCGAAAUUCUGUGGGCUGUGCUAACAUUACUAAUGAUCACUUGCAAAGAUAUCAAUUCCCUCUAUGCUGUGAGAUUUUUUCUUGGAUUUUUGGAGUCAGGCUACUUCCCAGGCUUAGAAUACUUGGUGGGUAGUAAUUACUCGGCAUCUGAGCUCUCGACUAGAUCGGCGUAUUUCGCUGUGGCCGGAAAUGCAGCAGGAUUGAUUUCUGGUCCAUUACAGCUAGCAGUGUUGAAGCAUUUCAAUCAUUCUUCCAUGCCUCCUUUUAAAUGGAUGGAUAAGAAUUUGAAAGAGUAUAAGCAGGCGAACUUUGACGAUGCCAAUUCUGACGAAGGGGUGGUUGGCGCCUCUGUCUCGCAUUAUGUUAAGCAACCGUGA